AGUCAUCUGUUCUAUUUUGGGUACACGUGCAACAAUAAAAUUGUUUUAAUCAUUUUAGUCGUUCACGAAAUAUUUAAUUAUUAAGCCUUUAAAAUGGAAGAUAAAACAGAAAUAAAGACAGUGUGUAAUCACAAAAGAGACGGGCUUCUGCCCACAAUUCUGAAAUUUCAGAAUGGAUCCCUUUUAGGCGUCGGAGACUUCAGCGCUGUAGAAAGCACUUCAGAUCGCAAAAAGAGGGCUUUUGUGGUAGCCGGAGAGCAAGUUUACACAGGUGACAUUCAGGAUAGUCAGGAAUACGACACAUACAUCUGCCUAAGGAAUAAAUCUACCAACAAAGUUCAAAUUGUGCCAGUGCAACAGGCGUUGAUGUCCAAUCAUAUCUUCAAGAGACUGGAAAGCCAAACGCAAAAGGUUCCCACGUUAAGCCGGGAGCACGCAAGCAAGAAGUUGCUCAAGGAAUUUGGAGGGCGCAAAGCUUCCCGGUUUGUUGACAAUCGCGAACAGAUGAUGGUCAAUGUGGAGGUGGUGCGUCAGGAUCUGGAUGAAACUGUGAAAUCAUCGGUGCAGGAGGUAGAUGAAGAGGACGAUUCUCUGGCAGAUGUGAGCAUCAACAAUGAGGACUACCUAGCCAGCAUUGUGCCUCCAUUUAACAAGGACGCCACUGAACUAGAUGCUGUCUACAAGGUGGAAAAUGUGAUUCCAAACGCUUUGCUCGAACGGCUGGAUGAGGAGGCAAAGGUGGUGUUCUCUACGCCUAUCAAGACUCUUCCCAUUAAAUCGGAAUACCUCAAGACCUUUUUGACCCGCAUUCAAGAAAAGCCCGUUACCUCCAAGCAGGAUUUUCUACAUAUUAAACUUAUCAUAUAUAUGGAUGCCCUACAGUCGCUGAUUUCCCUUCGUUCUCGGCAAAUGCAGAAGGCGGAACUGUCUGGGAUCACAGAGAAGAUCGAGAAUGACAUCCGCAUUCGCUUUGCGGAUCCCAAUGUUGCCAAGAAGGGUACACGCACUAAUUUCAGUAGUGAAAAGGCACUCACACAUUUUAUUGUGAUGGCUCUGCUCAUCAGCGAGAAGUACGAAGUAGACAUUAAUGUACUGUCCCGCGCAUUGGGCACCAGCAAGGAUCGAAUCAAGAAGUACGCCCAUAUUGUGAAUGCCCUUCCUAAGUCUCGCUCGGACAUCCUGAGUCUGCGCCUACCCAGCAAAGUUCCAGCACUAAAAACAGCACGUCGCUUCCAGCGGAAGAAGUAGCAUUAUCUUCAAGGACACCACGCCCGUCAUCGAUUAAACAAAACCGAUGGCGAAACAAUAAAGUUUAUUUUAGCCAGA